AAAGGGAGGAAGAGGUGGAGGCGGAAAAGGCGGAGGUGGCGCUGCCGGGCCGGGACAUGGAGCAGCGGGAAGGGGGCUGAGCGGUUUCCAAGAUGUUGCAGGUCCCGCUGCCGCUGGAUCGGGACGGGAUCCUGUUCCGGCUGCGUUUUACCACGCUGGCCCUUGGCACUGUGUUCUGCCCCCUUUUUGGGUUCCUCUUCUGCGUGAUCUGGUCUCUGCUCUUCAACUUCCGUGAGACGACUGCGACCCACUGUGGGGUGCCCAAYUACCUGCCGUCCAUCAGCGCGGCCAUCGGGGGCGAGACCCCGCAGCGCUACGUGUGGCGCCUGUGCAUCGGCCUGCACUCGGCCCCGCGCGUCCUCGUGGCCGUGGCCUACUGGAACCACUACCAGAGCUGCCACUGCCCCCACCCACGCUACCUGCGCCUGUGCCACGUCACCCUGCUGCUCAACCUGCUCGAGAACUUCGCCCUCCUCAUCCUCACCUACGUGUCCUCCACCGAAAACUAUGCAAUCCACGAAAAUGCCUUCAUCGUGUUCAUCACAUCGGCCCUGGGCCACAUGCUGCUCACCUGCAUCCUCUGGAGAAUGACUAAGAAACACACAGUAAGUCCCGAGGAGCGUAAGUCCUACAAGUGGAAGCAGCUGCUCUUCUUCUUCACCUUCAUCACGUUUGCGUUCGCUGUGUGCGUUUACUUCCACCACAACUGGUACUGCGGCCCUGGAGUGUACACCGUCUUCGCCUUCCUGGAGUACCUGGUUGUCCUCUCCAACAUGGCCUUCCACAUGACUGCCUUCUGGGACUUCGGCAACAAGGAGCUGGUGGUGAGCUCGCUGCUGGAGGACAAGCACUUCUAGGCAGCUGUAGUGCCGGAGGGCUGCUCUUCCUGGGGGAGACAGAGCCCCUUCCCUGUCCUUCUGAGGCCGGGCUGUUUGCUGUGGACCUGCUGUGAGGAUCAUCCCAGGAUCACCCGAGGGUCCAGGGCCCUGCGAGUGUUUGUCCCCAGCCACGCCUGCAGCUUUUGUCCAGGGGAGCUGGGGGCUCUUCCCAGGGACCCGCUGUGCUGGCUCCCUGCCAGCUCCAGGAGGGCARGGCAGAAGAGGGGCAGGGUCCUGCUGUCUGUUUCUUUAGAGAAUGCUCUGGGCAGAGCAGGAUUCUGCUUCCAGUAUUGGGGCACCACGGAGCUGGCCCUGCCCUGCCCUUGCCUGUCCAGGGGGGUCUUGUGAUUCCUCCUUGAGGCUGCGGUCCUGAGGCAAGUCCUCAAAAAGGGCUGGUGGCCUUUUGGGCCAGCUCCAGGYAUUGCUGUCCCAUUGGACUGAGGCAGGGUCCUGGCCCAUGCGUGCCUGAGAUCCCGGGAGGGGAGCAGGAGGGUGCUGGCCUGUGCAAGGACUGCCCAGAGCAAGGUGGGGACACGGGGCAGAGCAGAUGCUGGGAGCAUCCACAUCUCCCUCCUGCCUUUCCCAGAAGCCCCGCAGCAGCACAGGCUGCUCCCAGGGGGGCUGUGCCCAUUCUAGCCUGGUUUGGGGUAAGGGGAGGACGGGCAAAUUUGCUGGUGCUGGAGGUCUUUGCUCCAAUGUCCCCGUGGAUUCCCCUGUGCCAUGGGGCUGCAGCUGGGAACUGCUGGAUUCCAGCAGUGCCCCUCAUGUGCAGCUCUGGCUGCCAGGGCACAGGGGACACGGCUGGGCUKGUGGUGUCCCCAGGCUCCUCAGGCAGUGCUGCUGGAAGGGGCCCCUGGAGCUGUCUGGAUUUUGGGGAGCUCUGUGCUUGCCAGGGCUCAUCCCACCCCACGCCCUGCCCUUCACGUGAGCGCAGCCACCACUGAGAGUCCCUUGGGAUAUCCCCUUUGUUUCUGGGGCUGGGCAGGGCAGGUCCUGCCGUGCGUGUCCAUCGUCGGUGUCCCCAUCCACGGGCUCCAUCCAUGUCCCUGCAUGCGUGUGACGCGCUGUCUCCGCAGCGCCUUGGCUUUGAGGUGGAAAUAAAGCACUGAGUAUUUUUGUGA